UAGCGCCCCCGGAAGUCGAUCAUACACUGUAUAUAGUUUUUUUGGCACUUACAUCUCAACUUACCAGAGAAUAAAAUUAAUGUUAUGAAAGCAAAAUAAUGGCUUCUCCCAGCUCCAGAUCUAAUGGACUUAUCACGUGUGAUCUUUGUGAGAACUCUGCAAAGAAAUUUUGUGACUGCUGUCAAGUCAGUUUGUGUGCAAAGUGCGUUCACAAACAUGUCAAGAAAUUCAAGUCUCAAACGCAUGACAUAGUUCCCAUCAAGGAUAGAACGACACUUGUUUUGCCCGAUUGUGAAUUUCAUUCUAACCAGAGAUGUGAGGCCCAGUGUCAGCAGUGUGAUGUCCCUGUCUGCAUUAAAUGCAUCAUCAAUUCCCAUAACGGUCACAGUAUAACAGACAUGUUAAAGUUCUUCAUUGGAAAGAAAGAAGAAAUCCGAGAGGAAACUCAAGAAAUUGAAUCCAGUAUUUUGCCUAUGUAUGAGAAGAAGACAUUUGAUAUAGGAAUUAACAUGGCAUACAGAACAGAAGACUACAUGGACCUCGAAAUAAAAUCAGAGGAACAUAGACAAUUAUGGCAUCAAGAAGUCGACAUCAUUUUUGAUAAAUUUCUUUCAUCCAUAAAGUCCAUGAAAGAUCGAUAUCGGGAAGAGAUGAAUUUGCAAAAAAAGAGUCUAGAGGAAUUCCUAAUCCCAAAAUUGAAGCAAAUAAUUCAGCAAAACAAAGAAAUCCUGAAGUCCAACAGAGUGUCUGACAUCACAAAUUAUAAAUCCGAGGUGAUGAAAUGCAAAAAAGACUAUGAUUUUUAUGGAGAUCUUGAUAUCAAUGAGCAAGCUCCUUUCUUAAUAACCGGCAGCCCUGAAGGGAGGAAAUUGUACAUAGAGCUAGAUGAAUACAAGGCUAGAUUGACACAGGGACCAGAGUUAUUUGCCAAAGCUAGAGAAAUUGCCACAUUUCCUACGGAAGAUGGAGAAACGGAAGGUAGAAGAAGAGGAAGAUAUCCAUCGAGAGUGGCCUGUGUAGGAGAAGAUAAAGCCUGGAUUAGUUACAAUGAUAAAACCCUGAGAUGUUUCGACCUACAUGGGACCGUACACGAGACUCUUACAACCAAGUGUCAGAAAGUUGAAUUUUCUGUAACUUCAUCAGACGAGCUCAUUUAUAUUGAUCCUGAAAACAAAACAGUGAACAAAGUCGACCAAGGGAAGACAGAGGUGUUGAUCACCCUACCAAAAGACUGGGAGCCAAAAUCACUAAGUUGUACAUCAGAUAACAUUCUUGUCAAUCUGGAGAAAGACGGCCAAAAUAAAAUUGUCAGCUUUCAGGGACAAACAGUUAAACAGGAAAUUUAUAGAGACAAGAAGAACAGGGAAAUCUUUGGACGAGGAUGCUCUUCUCUAAUUAUGGCCAAGAAUGGUAAUGGAGAUCUCUGCGUUGCUGAUUUGAAUGCCAGCAUUGUGGUUGUGUUAACGAAGGCAGGAAGAGUCCGAUUCCGAUAUGACGGUACACCAGCCAUGAGGGACGAGGAAUUCCUACCAGAUCAUAUUGUGACAGACUCAAGGCUCAAGAUCAUUGUCGGGGAUUUCUUCAACAAUUAUUGUCUUCAUAUUCUCGAUCAGCACGGGCAGUUCCUGCAAUGUGUGGAUGAUUUUGGUGUAAAUGAGAUGUUGUCUCGAGUCAGUGGAAUGAGUGUUGACCUUGAGGAUAGGUUGUGGAUAAUUAUGGAUUAUAAAAAAGUGAAGGUGAUUCAGGUCUAUAGAAAGGACUGUACUACCUAAAGGUAAUCCAGGUCUUUUGACAGGAUUCUAGGAUGUUAAAAUUACCCAGAACUCUAGAGAGGAAUUUUAAUGUAGUUAAGGGAAUUAAGAUUUUUA